AUGGCUACCGCUCAACUCCAGACCAGGCCCAGCAUGCCCCCGAGGCAGCUCAGCACAACGAGCGGCGACUUUGACCCAGCAAACCCGCCCGAGAUCCGCAAGUUCCUGGGCACCUACGGUCUGACUCCGCCCGCCGUCCAGAGCUACGAAGUGCAGGCACAGCGAUGCCUCAAGCUCCUCGCUAUGAAGACGACGCCAAUCGAGAAGUUCCAGUAUCUGGUGCACCUCAGGGCCACAAACGUCCACCUCUUCUACAGGCUGCUGUCAGAAAACGUCAAGGAAUUGACUCCCCUCAUCUACACCCCGACCGUCGGCGAGGCCUGCGUACGAUGGCACGAGAUCUGGACACAACCCGAGGGCAUGUACCUUUCCUGGCACGACCGCGGCCACCUCCGCCAGAUCCUCGACAACUGGCCCCACAAUGUGGAGAUAACUGUGCUCACUGAUGGCUCGCGUAUCUUGGGUCUCGGAGACUUGGGCGUCAACGGCAUGGGCAUUCCCGUGGGCAAGCUGGCUCUAUACACUGCCUGCGCCGGUAUCAAGCCCGAUGGCACCCUUCCCUUGACUCUUGAUUUGGGCACGAACAACAAGGCUCUUCGGGACGACCCGCUAUACAUGGGCUCCAGGAUGCCCAAGGUGACUGCUGAGGAGGAGCGGGAGUUCCUGGACGAGCUUAUGGCGGCUCUGACGGACAAGUGGCCGAACAUCGUCAUCCAAUUCGAAGACUUCAAGAACCCCUUCCCCGCCCUCGAGCGAUACCAGAACACCUACUGCAUGUUCAACGACGAUGUGCAGGGAACUGGCGCCGUCAUUGUUGGCGGUUUCAUCAACGCCGUAAAGGCUUCGGGUGUGCCUGCUAAGGACCACAAGGCCAUCUUCCUCGGUGCCGGCAGCGCCGGUGUCGGUGUUGCUAAGCAGAUUGUCGAGUUUUUCAUCAAGGAGGGCUUGACCGAGGAGGAGGCUCGCCGCAAGUUCUGGUUCGUCGACUCAAAUGGCCUCGUCACCCUGGACCGAGGCGACAAGCUCGCUGAGCACAAGGUCUACUUCGCCCGGGACGACAACAACGGCCGUCAGUACCAGUCACUGUCACGGCUCAUCGACUAUGUGAGGCCCACGAUCCUUAUGGGUCUGUCCACAAUCGGUGGGGCUUUCAACAGGGACAUUCUCCAGAAGAUGGGCAAGCUGAACGACAGGCCCAUCAUCUUCCCCCUCUCCAACCCCUCCAGUAAAUCAGAGUGCAACUUCGAGGAAGCUGUCCUCAACACUGAGGGCCGUUGCCUGUUCGCCUCUGGCUCGCCGUUCCCAUCUCUGGAGUACGGGGGCAAGCUCCUUACUCCGGGCCAAGGCAACAACAUGUAUGUGUUCCCGGGUAUCGGUCUCGGCGCUAUCAUCUCCAAGUGCGUCACCAUCACCCAGGACAUGAUCUACGCCUCUGCCGAGUCUCUAUCCACCUCUCUCAACAAGCAGGAGGUCGCCGACGGCUGGCUGUACCCGGAUAUUCGCCGCAUCCGCGAGGUCUCCGUCGUCGUGACCCGCGGUGUCAUCCGGGCCGCUCAAAAGAACGGCGUCGACCGUGCUGUCGAGCUCAGGGGUCUCAACGACGAGCAGCUCGAUGCGUACAUCAAGGAGAAUAUGUACGACCCAUUCAACGAGCGGGAGAACAUUGGCGACGAAGUUGCCCAGCUCCUCGCUACCGCCUCCGGCAUGAACGGCCAUGGCUACACCAACGGCGUCAAUGGCAUCACGAACGGUCUUGGCGCUGCUCACUUGUAA